AUGCCUGCUCCGUGCGGCGUGCUCCGGCCGCUUCUCAUCAGGGCGAAACAAAAGUCAGAUUCGCAAUCCUGGGUCCCGGCCACGCGGCACGAUGAUUUCUCCUGUCCCGUCCUUGGGUGCGUCGGUGGUGAUGAUGGGACUGGCACGGGACUGGUUCCAAAAGUCCGGUCCCCUUGGUUUGGUCAAAAGGGUCCGGCGUGUCUGGCUCAGGGUCCUACCAGUGCAGAUUAG